AGGGCCUACCACAUUGGACAAACUGAGAACGUUGUCAUCUACUGACUGAUCACUUGUGGUACAGUGGAGGAGAAGAUCUACAGAUGGCAGGUGUUCAAAGAUUCCUUGAUCCGACAGACUACCGGGGACAAAACAAAUCCAUUCCGGUACUUCAGCAAACAAGAUCUGAAAGACACUCGAUCCUCGUCAACACAGCUGCAGCUACAGUCACUGCACUCGAGGCAGACGCACAGAUCCAAAAUUGGAUGAACACAUCACCCAUCUUCACUCCAUGGAGAUAUUUGGAAUCUCUGAUCAUGACCUCAUGUUCUCACAUGAAGUAGAAAACAACAAUGAUGACCCUGAGGAUCAGGAAGCUCAUCAGUACACAGAGAACAGGGUGCAGAAAGCUCAGGAGCUGAUGAAGGCUGAGUCUGACUUGCAUCCGCAGCUUGCUGAGAGCAUUGAGUCAAACACAGAGCCGGCAUGGCUGCGGAAACCCCCUCAACACAAUACAGUGGGGUCAACUGAGAAGAAGCCAAUGGAAAUGCCCAGUCCCUCCUCUCCUAGGCAUAACCACAACUCCACUGCGUUGGUGGAUCUUACCCGGUCUGGGUCUGGUGACGAGGAAGAUAUCCACAAUCUGAGUAACAAAUUAAUUGAUCUAGCUGUAGAUGAAAUCAUUGAGAUUAUGGGACCCACUGUGACAAUUGCGACUGAGGAAAAGUUAAUAAAGAGCAACCAUCAUUCUCCCAUAGACAAGUCUCUUGAAGAGACUCUGUCGGCUCUGUCGUAGCUGGCCGUGAC